AUGAAAACUCUCGUCCUUAACGUUAUCUUUGUAUUGCUCCUAGUAUGGAAAUAUAAUUAUUCCUUCGGUGCAAACACACCUAUGAAUAGCCCAAUGGGUACGCAAAAUAUGUCUCAAGAUUUACCAAAGCAACGAUUUGAAAGGAUAAUGGCAGAAACGCUUGUAAAUCAACCAUAUACGGAAGAUUUUGCUAUAGGCAUCAGAACUAAACAAAACAGUUUAUAUAACACUGAACCGGAAGAUACCAGUGCAUAUAGUGAUGAAUUGAGAGAAUUAUGUACCAAAAUAUCAUCAAUAUGGAAAGAUUCAGUUGAAGAUAUGGAAAAAGAAUAUAAUGAAAAAACACAACAAGUAGAAAAAUCAUGGAGAGAAGGAAUAUGGAAAAAUAAAUGGGCCAAAUACUUAGAACAUGUACAUAACACCAUUCAAAAAAAGCUGAACGAUUUGAGUAAUACACCACAUGAUACUGAAGUUAAUAUAGCAUUUAUGGUAUCCUACGUUUGUUACGUAUUUGCAGUGUUUAUAGAAGAGGUUAUUGAAGAUGCGAAGAGGCUAGCUAAAAUGUAA